UGCAGGGUGGCCCCACCUUCGAUUCCACAAGUCACCAGUGCAUCAAAGGGCCAACUGAAGCCUUGAAUGCUCACUUGAGCUCUCUCUCCUAGUAGGAGAAGCGUCUAUCCGGUGCAGUGGAAGGUGAUGGACCUCACCCAGGCCCACAGCGUGAAGCUCAGCGAUGGGAACAUCAUGCCUGUUCUGGGAUUAGGCACCUCUACUAAAAAAGAGGUCCCCAAAAGUGAGGCUGGAAAAGCCACCAGGAUGGCCAUUGAUGCUGGCUUCCGCCACAUCGAUGGCGCAUAUCUCUAUGGGAAUGAAGUGGAGGUCGGACAGGCCAUUCGAGCGAAGAUUGCAGAUGGCACAGUGACCAGAAAAGACAUUUUCUACACUUCGAAGCUCUGGUGCACCUUCCAUCCCCCUCAACUGGUCCGGAAAGCCCUGGAAAUAUCACUGAGGAGGCUCCAGCUAGACUACGUGGAUCUCUAUAUCAUUCACGGCCCCUUCUCUCUCAAGCCUGGAGAGGACUUGUUUCCCAGGGAUGGAAAUGGAAAAAUCAUUUUCGACAGUGUGGAUCUCUGCGCCACUUGGGAGGCCCUGGAGGCGUGCAAAGAUGCAGGCUUGGUCAAGUCCAUCGGCGUCUCCAACUUCAACCGCAAGCAGCUGGAGAUGAUCCUGAACAAACCCGGGCUCAAAUACAAGCCGGUCUGCAACCAGGUGGAGUGUCACCCGUACCUUAACCAGAGCAAACUGCUGGAGUUCUGCAAGGCCAAAGACAUCGCCUUCGUGGUGUACAGUGCCCUGGGCUCCCAGCGAGAUAAGAACUGGGUGGAUCAGAGCACCCCAGUGCUGCUGGAGGACCCAGUCCUGGGUGCCAUCGCCAAGAAGCACAACCGCACCCCGGCUCUGGUCGCCCUGCGCUACCAGCUGCAGCGUGGGGCUGUGGUCCUGGUCAAGAGCUUCAACGAGAAGCGGAUCAAAGAGAACAUGCAGGUCUUUGAUUUCCAGCUGACUCCAGAGGAUAUGAAAACCAUCGACGGCCUCAGCAGAAAUGUCCGCUACAGAGAAUUCUUACCACACAGAACUAUCAGCCCUGAGCUGACCUUCAUCAUGACCAAAUGUAAUUUCUCUGGGCCUGGGAGGACACUCUACAGAUGCUUACAACGGUUACCUCUCAUUCCUCCCUAUUAGACUGUGAGCCCCAGUUUCUCGACCCACCCUAACUACCCAUUUAAUGAAGAAUACUGAUAAGGUCCCUAUGCUGAAAAACUGGGGCCUUAGAAUUUUGAGUCAAAUGCCAAUCCCUCCACAACUCCAGGCAGCCUGGUGACCAUUUUCAGGAAACUGAUAAAGAUUGAAUCCCCAAGCCACUGAAGUCCCUUCAUAGUGACUGAAAGGAAAAUAAAGUUGUUGGUUUUUUUCCUCA